UAAUUAUAAAUAAACAAACCCGAAACGAAUGUUUCGUUUAUAAAGACAGCUCCAGUGAUGUAAGAGCCACUUUAGUAUUUACAGUCGAACGUUCGAGCCGUGUUUAUUCAUCCUUAAUUGUAAAAGGGUACCGAAAACAAAGCAAGAUGAGCCGUGUUGGAAGAACAAGGCGUACCCGCGUCUACGACUGCAACUACAACAAGGGCGAGAGCUACUACCGUCCCGUGCUUGACCGUUUGGACGGCAAAGCGCCUAUAGUUCGCGAACCCGAACGCGAAAGUAUUCGAGCUGAUGUCGACAACCGCAUCAAGAGCGCCCUGCACGACAUGGAAACACCCAACGAUGAACUGUUCGACUUCAGAGGUGCACGCGCCCAGCGCGGCAGACCUCUCUCUUCUGCCUUGGAAGACGAUGAAUUUAACGAAGACAUCACAGAAUCGUUGAAACGCCUGCGCGCGAGCAAAAAGACUUCGAGGUUCGCUGACGACAUCGACUUUGAGAACAGCGUCACCAAUCUCGAAAACCGAAUGAGGAUUUCUGACAAAAUACUCGAAAGCGUCGGGAUUGGUCACUCGGAAGUCAGCAGCGCCAGACGUGCUCUGCAGGAUAACGAAGAACGCACAGAAAAGCGCAUCGCCAGGAGACUCGAAGAUAAUUCGCUUACGAAAUGGACUGCUUUAAAAAGCGGAGAGGAAGAGAGUGCAGCCGCUCAACGAGCGAAAGUAACGAGGGCACGCCUUUCAGAUCUGGAAGACGAAAUGAGUGAACUGAACGAGAGGAGUGCAGCUAGAGAGAAGAGAGUGGCGCGCCUAAGGGCACUAGUCGCUGACACUGAUUCGUCUGACACAGCCGUUGCUUCUUCAAAAAUCUCGAUCAGAUCAGAAAAGGAGAAGAAACAAGUCACUUUCUAAGCAAAUUGAAAAUUUCAACCAUUCUCUGCAACGAAAUCAGCUGAGAUUAAGUUUGCUUGAAAGCUUGCUCCUUGCAUUUGUACAAUUAUUUUGUCGAUGUCUAUUUUAUUAAAUUUUAUAGAUCGUUUAUCGGAACGUUAUGUAUUGCCCUGUUUUUAUUUAUUAAAUUAAUACAUUGGUUUCUUGC